AUGGAUAUUGAAGAUAAUCAACAAUCAAAGCAAGAGCGAUCGAGAAGGAGAUGGACUCCGUCUCAGGACAAGGUUUUAGCUGAUUUGGUUGUUAAACAGAUUCAAUUAGGAAACAGACAGAACAAUGUGUUUGAUAGAAAAACAUGGAAUAAAAUAAGGGAUGAAUUCAACGGGCAAACGAAGCUUAACUACAACAAUAAUCAGUUGAGGAAACAUCUUGAUGUUCUGAGACAACGUUAUAAUACGCUCAAAUCGUCCCGUGUUGAGAACGAGUUUGUUAUCGAGGAAGAUGCAGGAUGUAUCUUGGGGUUUGACUUGUGGGAAGAUCUCGGUGUGCAGCCUAGGAGUGAACCGGUUAAAGUUAAGGAAUGUCUCAUCUAUGAGCAGCUUUGCACUAUAUUUGCUGAUGAUUCUGCUAAUGGUAAAUAUGCUCAGUCAAGUCAUUUUGAAGGAUUAGAAGAAUCCGUGGCAAAUCAAACCUCGGGUUUGGCCACAUCUCCUACCAAAGGGACCACGGCAUCAGAGAAUUUAUCAACACCGAAUGUAACAGAAGUGAACCUGAAUGUGGUGGAGAGAAAAAGGAAGAGAGAACCAGAGUCUUCAGGCCCGAGCCAGAUUGAUCCAGCAUCACUGGAAACCAUGGCAGGUGCUUUGUCAGACAUGGUGAGUGUAUUGAGAUCAAGGAUGGCUGAUUCGAAUACGCAAGAUGACAGAUUUAGUAUCACGAACUGCAUCAAUGUGCUUGACGAGUUUGAGAAUGUAGAUGAAAGCGUCUACUUUGCAGCUUUAGACCUUUUUGAGAAUCCCAGUAUUAGAGAGACUUUCCUGUCUCUUAAAGGUAAUAAGCUACGGUUGGCGUGGUUACAGGGUAAGUGCAGGAUCUUUCUCCUUCAGUUGCAUAGCUAG